AAGUGAGCUUACAGCUUGUACAAGGACCGUUAUUUGCCGCGAAAUCGACGUUAUCAGAUUUCGCAUUUCUCUAAUGGCGUUUAGAACAAGAAGAUCCAGAGGGUUGCUUGAGCAUCACAACUGAACCAGUUUAAGAAUGACCAAGGUCACCUUUGCCUAUGGGAGAUACACCUACAUCCAUGAUAACUAUGUUGGACCUUUCCAAGCAGUUGAUACUCACCAUGUUGUCGUUCAGAGGAGUGGCACAGGGAGGUUUCUGGCGUACAUUGCUUCUCUCCUCUUGCUGGCAAAUGCCUGUAAUAUCGUAAUGUUCAAGGAAAAUUCUUGGGCUGUUUUCCUUUGGAGCACUCUUUUGGGUUUGUUAUUUGCCAAAUCAUUGCAUUGGAAGCGUGUGGUGAAAGAGUCAGUGGUGGUUAUGCCAACAUUUGGUGUGCAACUCGAGACACACUAUGGAAGUGGGAGAAUUGUCCACCGCUUUGUUCCCUUGGGAAAAAUUUUGAGACCUCUACUGAAUGAGUGUGUGACACCUGUCACUUGUUAUUGGAGCCUGGCUUUGAUUAUACGUGGUGAAUCAGAACUGAUGUUAGUCUUUCAGGAACUAAGACCACCGGUGAAAAUAUUGAUUCCUAUCUGGAAGGCUUUGUGUGCUGCCACAGAUAGUAAAGAAAGCUCACAUACCGACACAGAAGGUGAUGAUCAUUAAAUCUUCAACAGUGGAUGCUUUAUCUCAACCAAGGGAAGCACAUGCAUCCAUGAGUUUAAUCAAAUUGUUGUACUUAACCAUGAAUAUUAUGACAAACCCC